AUGGCCGCUCUCAGGUUUCUUUCGGGUUUGGAUCUCUUGUACCUGAAUGAGUUGGAAACUGAAGUUUUUUCACUAGCGCGCUUACACAAUUUUUAAACGAGACCUUUUCUGCGAAGACAAGUAUAUCCGCGAUGAAUCCCUCAGAGCCAACCGGCACCGAAACUCUCAGGUACAAUGAGUUCACAUUGGAUGACACUGAGAUAAGCUCGAAGAUGAAAGAUGUGAUCGACGUUCUUGCAAUGCAACGUGAAAAAAGAAAUACAUUACAAAAAAGCAUUACAAUCGAUUAUACCAAGUCUAAUGACAGCUUUACAGUUUCACGAUUUAUUUUCGAAUGCGGUUUGAAAUUGGAAGCUCACCCACUGACAAUAGCUACUGCUGCUACAUUAUAUCAUAGAUUUAUUAAAGAAGCGACACCACAGGGAUAUGAUAAUUAUCUUUUAGCUGCAACUUGUCUUUAUCUGGCUGGCAAAGUAAAGGAUGAUACGCUAAAAAUACGAGACGUAAUGAAUGUAUCCUAUAAUACACUUCAUAGAGGAUCUCAGCCGCUUGAUCUUGGAGAUCAGUAUUGGAGUAUGAGAGAUGCGAUUGUUCAGGCUGAACUUUUAAUCAUGAGGAUGCUCAAGUUUCAGGUUACACCUGUACAUCCACAUAAGUACAUGCUUCAUUAUCUACGAUCUUUGCAAGGUUGGUUUGGCGAAGAGGAAUGGUCCAAGUAUCCCGUCGCCAAAACGAGCAUGGCACUGCUGCAAGAUUUUCAUCAUUCCCCAGCUAUUCUUGAUUAUCCACCGAAUUUAAUAGCAAUAGCUUGUAUUAAUUUAUCAUUGCAAAUUUAUGGUGUGGUUGUACCUUUGAUGGAUGAAUGCGAUCAACAGCCAUGGUUCAAUGUUUUCUGCAAAGAUUUAGCGAGGGAUAAGUUAUGGGAAAUUAUGGAAAAGGUCAUGGCGGCAUAUGACGAAGAACCUGAAACGAGAGACAAUUAAUAAGGGCGUAUCUGUAUCUAUUAUAAUAAUAAAGCAGUUUGCAAGA